AUGAUGUUUUCGACCUCGUCCUCUUCAAUAAAUUCUGACAUUUCCCAGGUGCUAUCGGAAAAUAUUCCAAGUAGAUCUACUACCCUCACUAGAGACUCUACACAAAACCGAAUAAGUGAAGACUGGGAUAGCGAAGGCUUCACCGAUAAGUUGCCCAAGAAAUUGAUUCAGUUGAAGAAACUGAAAAACGGCGGUACUACGAUUAAAAAGGCUAAGGAGGAUUUUGAAUAUUGUUACGAUUCAUUACGGCUGUACGAAAACCCAUAUGUAACUUCUUCUGUAGAUAAAAAAAGUGGUUACAGCAUUGAACUACGCCUAGAUGACAAGUACAAAACGUUAAUGUUUUCAGAUUUGCAACUGAAUAACGAUUUUCCAUUGUAUUACGAUUCCUCAUUGGAAAAUAUACCAAGACGCAAUGAAAGAGAAGCCGUCACGCCUUUACAAAUAAAGGGAAAAAUUAGAAUACAUAUUGACAGAGAUGACCAGGCGCUUUUAAUCACUUCUCAAUCAAUUUCUUUAAAAUGCUUCACUAAAGAAUACGCGUGUUUUGUUAAUUCGCAAAUAAGUGAAAAUUCCAGCAAUAGACAAAUAAUUAAGCAAUUAAACCAUACAGAUUUUUUCGAGUCUUCCACUUACCCCAAACAACAAUUAAAAGUCAUACAUCAUUCAUUGAGUGACAAAAAAAUUCUUCUAGCAAAAGGCACGUAUGAUUACCCAUUUACAUUUACACUUCAAGCCAACACUUUUCCGGCCACGUUCUCUUCCUUCUUUGGCAAGACACAUUUCCGAAUAGAAAGUUCGACUUCGAUAAUGAGAAUACCAAGUAAACCUAAAGGUUUUCUCACUUUUCUAAAAAAUGAGAAUAUUACAGACAAGGUUAUUUUGACAGAAGAGAUUAAGGUUAAAAGAGUUUUGCCUUCAACAAAUAUGCUCAAAUAUGAAAUGUUCCAGCUACGAUCAUACAACACAGCAAAUGAUGUAGUGAUUUCUGUUAUUGGAAAUUCCAAAUUAAUUGAGAUCGGCACGCCUUUCCAAAUGAUCCUGUCGAUCGUAAAAGCCGAUUCUUCUAUCGAUUUACAUGAAACCUCUUUGACAGUAGCACAAAGAAUGGCAAUACCCAGUAUUGAUUUAAAAAGCAAGGAUAUAUUGCCGGAACCCUAUAUUAAGAAAUCUGAAUACCUCCUAAAAACCGUCGAAAGUCAAAGUUUUGAUUCUGACAAAACAGUAUACGGGUUUUGCUUUGACGACGUUGUUAUUCCAAACUACACCGAAGGUCUACCGAGCUGGUUCAAAACAUUUUACUGCGAACCUAGUUCAUUUUAUCCCAAUUAUGUUGCUCUCAAAGUUACUCAUUUACUUUUGUUCCGAAUUAAUUAUAGCAGGAUUGAAAUGGUAGAAGGAGUGGAAGUAAAGAAAAAUUAUCGCAUAACAGUAAAUUUCCCGGUUUUGAUUGGUGAUAGUGAUAUCUCAACCAGUUCUCUGUUGCCCAGGUAUGAAAAAUUCGAGAAUAUUAGCGAUUUACAAGAUGAUCCUCCAUUAUAUUCGAUGGUAAUAGGUGAAGACGUAGAUCCCUUAAAUUGA